UCCGUGGUGGUCACUGUCGUGUGCAGUGCGUUGCCAGCUGCUCCCUUCGGCGCGGUCAUGAAACUUUCAUAUCGUUGCUGCACGACACGCCGAAAACGCGCUCAGUCGGGACUUCGGGCAGCGGACUAGCUGCGUCGGGCCCUUGUCUUCGUCGAAGUUUCGGGCAGAGAUUGACUUCGUUCGCGGUGAACGGUGAUAGGGGAAGUGCGAGGUCUGCAGGCGCUCUGCUAGUAGCGAAUGUGUCAUCGUUCAUGUAAAUAUGACUUGUCUUGGCAUUUUUUAUGAACGUUCAAGUUGUUUGCUGUGGGGACUGUAGAUGAUGUACUAACGAUGGAGGAUUAGGUCUAGAGAUGUGUCUAAAUUUUUUAUGAAUACUGAAGUUUGCUGUGGGGACUGUAGAUGAUGUGCUGAUGAUGGAUUAGGUCUAGAGAAGCUAGACAGUAGUAGAAUCCUUAAAUUCAUUGAAGGAAAAAUAAUAUCGCUCGGGUCAAUGUUGAACCAACCGUGACAUUGAACAUUCAAUGAGAAACGAGUAUAAAUUAGAUCGCUGGACGGUUCUCAAAUUAAUAAAUACCUUGAAUCUUAUCGCUGCUUUUUUAGUGCUGGAAAAUUCUCGUGAACGACGAUAUUAAAUUCGGGAAGUGACUGUUGAAGAUUGAUCGAGGACUGAUUAUAAAUCGAUUACUCGUCGAAGAAAGAUUACAUCGGCUGCGUCUGAAGAGGACAGUGAAGGAGAAAUUGGAAUUAAUCAAAGAGCGAUCAUGACUGAACUGAACAGCAUCGAAUGCUUCUCAGAUUGAACGAGGUCCGCAUAGAUUGGCACUGAAGGAGAUCCCGAAAAGAACGAAGGGAGAUUUGGCACCGGUGAAUGCAAGGUGAACACUCGACCAAGAAAGAAUUCUCUGUACGAAAGUUUAAGAGGCAAGAAACCUGAGUUCGAAGACUUACUCGAAAGAGGAUCAAAUGCAUUUUCUUUGUCGAAGAGCAACCUCCACGCUGUUAAGGAGGUUUUAAAGCGGAUCAAGAUUUCGAAACACUGGAAACCAGUGUGCUCGACGUCAGACAACGAUGAUAAGUACUUUCAUCCUUUCACCGAAUGAAAAACGCUCGCCGUGAAAAAGAGAGGAAUCUAAAAUUGUAACGAAGCUGAGAGAGUUAAACUCAAAAAAUAAAGCUGGAGAGGACUGAACCCAUUCCCCGGAAUGAGAUUUACUGAACUACAUCUUCAGAAAAUGUCUCUCUUUAACAGAUUCUUGGGAGAAAUGUGAUUCCCCGCCAUCUAGGAGAAAAACGCGCGCGCUGGAACGAAGGACUUCGCAGCUUUAUUUAUCUUUGAAGGAAACCCGACAGCCGGCGGAGAGGAGAAAAAAGAAACACCGUUCCUCCAGGUGUCCGUAACAAAAGCCCCGGACUCGGUACCGAAUCAAUAAUGCUCUAUCGCCAUGGAAAGUGCGUGAGGAAGGGUGUCCAACAACCGUGCCGCCCCCCGUCCGCCUCGUCUAAAGGAAGAAACGUUAAAGAGACCGUCGCCGAUCAAUCGCGGUGUCGCGAAAGGGGAACAACCAGGUCCGCAGCUCUAGGAUCCACCGUUUCCAUUAAUGCUGCCGGCCGAUAAUCGUAAACAGAGGCGGAGGAUCGUGCCCAGGGGCAAUUGUUGGCCCCGUAGUGGCGGUUACCACGCGAUUUGAUGGAUCCGAUCGGGAUUAAUCCCGCGGAUCACGCUCCAGCGGCCGAACACUGAUCGCGAUAAGUGACCGCGUGCCCGGCCGCCAUUUUGUCGGGGCGCGCGGGCUACGAUUCCGCCGAGUGCGAGCGGAACGGCUAAACUUGAAGUGCGAAGCUACACGCUUUGUUGGGGAGGAGCUAUUUUGAAUGGGUUUUACAGGGUUGACUGGACACGUUUCUCGUGGUUCCGCGAUGGCGUCCGUCACUUCCGGGAUCGAGUGAGAGCCGCUCGAGCGGAAAGGAAAGGUCCCGUUUCUUCCCCUUCGAUGGAUAUCGAUUAAACACGCCGCGAUGAGGGAAUCGAGUCGGUUCUGGAGACCCUUCGGUCGCAACGAUCAUUUCACUUGAUGGCAUUGCGCACCGAUGUUUUUGCGCGGACAUGCACGACCGAGGAAUGAUGGUUUUCAUGAUGAUCGCGGUUAAGGCGGUGCUGUAUUUGAAUCUUUUUUGGACAGCGAUGGCGACGGAGGAACAGUGCCCGAGGAACCGUAGCUUGUUCGAGAUUCCUGGCGACGCUGUUCUGUCGUUGUUCCUGGACAUAAAUCAUGGACCAUAUUGCAAUAUCACUUCCGCGAAAGGACUCGAAGAAGUUUUCACUGCGUUCUACGUGGUGCACACUCUGAACAAAUACGAUUUCGUGCCUGGAUAUUCCAUAGGGGUGAAAGUCUACGACACCUGCCACGACGAAAUGACCGUGUACAAACAGGCGCUGCAGGUGGCGGUGGACACCGACUGCGUGGACAAUUACGAUCUAGGGAUCCUAUUGGCGUCGGAAUAUGCGACGAUCCUCGAGCCGCUUCGUAAUUACAGCGUCCUUCCGGUCAGCACGUACAAAGAGCAGAACCUGACGAGGCCCUUGAUCAACCUGAUGGUCCACUACUUGGCCACCAGGUUCGAAACGAUCGAUCUACUACUGGUCGACUCGGAUUUCCCGUUGAAUCUGUUCCUGGAUACUACAAAGGAGGCCGGGAUCUGCGUGAAAAGUUACGCGAACACCGUCGAGCUGGAUGACAACGACACCGAGGCAGUGAUCGCCGUGAUUGGCAGCAGAAACGAGAUACGACAGUGGAUAGAGAGGGCCGAGAAGGUGCAGGGACCUAAGAAAACUUGGAUCGUUCUGCCGAUCGAUGGAUCCAACGCAAACGACCUGGUUCCCCCAGGAUCGUACGUCAUAAGGACACCGUCGUUCGACUUGAAUCUGCUGCAAGAAGCGUCCUCGACGGAUGAUUUCCUCGAGGCAGCCAGCUCUUCGGUGAUACACUCGUCCCGACUGUUGGGUAUCGGGAAAACGAUGGUCGAAUUGGCCCAGACUCUCCAGGACCUUCAGAAGCGAAACUGUCCCCGUGGCAUGGAGACGCCUUGCGUGAUGCCGCGGUUCAAUCCCAAUUCGGGACAAGAGAUUCGCAACGGGGAGGUCUACCAUGCUCUGCGUGUGUUGCCGAAAUUGCACUCGAUUAAGUACAUCGUGGCGAUGAAGAGCCAACAAGAGCUGAUCGACAUGGCCGCCUACAGAGUGGAACCCGCGAACAUGAAGUUCCGGAUCACUCCUGAAUCAAGAGUGCCCAAAAUGCCGAAGCUUUGCUUGAAGAAGUACGCAAAGAACUGCGAAGGUUGCGAGAACUUCAAGAAGAGGUUUGGCCCCCGUGGUGUGACCAAAGAUACACUCGACAGGGGUUUAUUAAAGCCGGGCAACUGGAUAGCAAUUUUCCUGACGGUGGUCGUGUGCGGCGCGUUCGCCUGCGGCGUGAUUGCCGUCUUCAUUAUCUACCGUUUCAUCGUCGAGGACGUUCUCGACGGGAAUCCGACGCUAACGAUCGUCCUGAUACUGGCGAACAUUUUCACGCUGCUGACGGUGGUCCCGUUCUGCAUGAACGACAGCUACGUAGGCCCUGAACCCCUCAACUCGAGGAAGAUCCUCGUGACGACGCUCGCGUUCGGCAUCGAUUUCUCCGUGAUGCUGUCCAGGGCGUUCUUCCUCGUAUUCUCUAAAGGCGGCGUGUUCACCGCGCACAUCAACGGCUACCUUCAAGGGCUGAUGGUGUUCUUCAUGUUCGGCGUGCAGGUCGCCAUGUCGGUUAUGUACUUCGUCCUUGGCAGCGACGAUUCGGCCGUCAUCGUCAGGAGCCUCGUCUUCAUCGGUCUUCUAGGCUACGAUAUAUUCCUCCUGAUCACCCUGUUCGUCGUGUGCUUCUUCAUCGCCCGGCUGCCACGUAAUUAUCGCGAGGGAAAGUGUUUCUUCGGCACCUCUAUCGGCCUUUUGAUAACCUGGGCGAUCUGGUUGACCUGCUUCAUCCUCGUGGAACCGGAGUGCCGGGACACGGUCGUCUCUUCCGGCAUUAUUGCCACCGCGUACUUAAUUAUCAUCGGUGUCCUGAUACCGAGGACGUAUUACAUGGUCACCCAUAUAGCCAGGGGCAAGGAGUUCGGCCAGAGAUUCGGAUCGACCGACUUCGCCGCCGAUCCGAGGAUAAAUACAGUCACCAGACAGAACCGGCCGUUUUACGAUUACGUGCACGCCGCCGGAGGAAGUAUGACGAAUUUGCAUGUCGCGUCCGCGUACCCGAACUACUACGGGAACUCGAGCCCGAACCAGAAGUACCUGAACCAGUACAGGAGCAGCGACUCGAGGCGGAUGCCCGGUUACAAUAACUACGGAUUCCACACGGAGAUGCGAGAAGUGAAUAACUCUUACACGAUACCGCAAGUCUGCAUCGAGGAUGCGGACUCCAGGACGAGCACGGCGGAAAGGAGCAACGUCGACGCGACGUACGCGCGGCCAAGGUGCCACCGGAAGCGGAGGACCAAAGACGAGAAAGGUCGCGGCGAGACGGACGUGUACGUCGAGAACGUUAGCCGACGCGGCCACGACGAUAUCUAUCCGAUCGGACCGUCCAGCCCCAGACUGACGCAAAUGGAGGCGACGAUCCGCGAGGAGGACGAAGAGGACGAGCCGACCAGGAUAACGCGAUUCUGAGACUUUGAUCCGCCGGUGUAUUCAUAUUGUAGUCACGCGCCGCGUGGAGAACACUAUUCCCGAUUAAAUAAAAUCCCCAUCGUUCGAGAGGUCGAGUCUUACAGUGAUUUUCCUGUUUUUUUUUUCUUAUUCUUCUUAUUCUUCUUCUUCUUCUUCUUCUUUUCUUCCUUUUUAUCACUGAGCCCCGCGGAAUAUCGUUUUUCUAUUGAUUCCUCGAGGUUCUUCGAGAUGUUCGAUUCACUUUGAUAUUUUUCAUCGCUUGAAUAUUUAAUAUUAAUGCUACCAGACGGGUCGAAAUAACCUGUUCCUGAUUUCUUGUUUGCGCAGUUAUUAACCCUUAGCACUUCAGGUUGUUCUGUGAUCUAUCAGUAACUGAAACUAAUUUUUAUAGUAUUCCUAGCGAAAAUUAGAAAUGCUAUAACAUUUCUUCGAUCUUUUAUUUUCCUUAGCAGAAAAUUUGGAUGUGCGGAAAAUCGAAUAAUUUUAGGGUGGUUUCUUUAAGAUUCAUU